AUGUCGGAAAAGAGGCCUAAGGAGUCUAGCGAAGUAGAAAGACCCCUCACGGAAAGCGUUAGUAGAGUAAACUACUGUGAAAGUGAGUUAUACGCGGUGGACAAAAGAAAGCAGCAAGUACAACCAGACGUCCCCAAGAAAAGACCCAAACUACAACUCGAAGCAAAUUGGGAGAAUAGACUUCGGCCCCGGGCAGAAAACGAACCGAUUAUACUAGAAGAAGACAUUGCGGAAGUAUACAUUGCUGUAGAGGAAAAUGGGGAAAGCAGCUCAAAAAGAAAGGAAGAAGAAAAUCAAGUAGAUAAGAAACGAACCGAUUCACCUAAACCCAAGGAAGGACUGUUUGAACCAAGAACCCAAUCGACUCCUGUAAUAGCCUACGAAAAGUUGGGAACUGCGUAUCGCAGAAACUUGGAAUAUGUAGGCCCCAGUCAAUCCUACGGCAACACCUACCAAGUAUAUUAUCAUCCGACCAACUUCGAACAUCUUGCACUAGAAAUCUUUGAUCGACGCAAGGCCAUCUACCGAGUCAACUUUCAAGGGUUUAACCUAAUAGCACACGAGCCAAGACAAUUACUAACACUAAAAGAAUGGGUAAUUUCUGGUGCAAAACAAGAGUUAAUUAGAAGAGAAUACUUACGGGACACAGGAAUUGACCUAGGGUAUAUGGAACCACUGAAUGUCUCGGCCAUCGAAGUCGAAAGAGCUGCCAACAAAAGGG